UCUCUGGCAUUAGGCCUGAAGGGCCCAGUCUUUCUUCUUUGGAGAACAGUGAACACGGUAAUAGGAGCAGGAUCAGUCAUGUAUAGUUAGUCUAUGCUGUGUUUACUCCUCCUGGGUCUAUUCCACCUCCCAAUGACCUGUCUGAAGGCAGCCUCUUUUGAAACAGUCCCUGAGUCCUGUAUCAGCUUCAUCUGAACACCACUCUAAUAUUGUAGCCACGUCUUCAGUUAGGUUCCAGGGAGGAAAAUGUUUCCCUCUGAAGGGCCACCUAAGUGUAUCUGGAGCCUCCGCUGAGCUCCUCUGGCUGAGCUUCCAUCCAUGUAAGAGCUCCAUAGCACGGUAGGGGGAAGUGAAGCCCUCUGUGUUCUGCUACAGCCUUCCGAACUGUAAAUCCCCAGAGAACCGAACAGCUUUAUCCAAGCACUGAGAUCAUCCGGGUUGCUGUGCAAGGACCAGUCUGAUGAUGAGAGUGCCAAAACCACUGCUCUUGUUGCACUUAGGUUCUGUAAGGAGACAGGCACAGCUAGGGAAGUGGUUGUCUUCAGGGUUUUCUGGUAGAAUGACUACUUUGCCACUUUUCCAGAGCAGCGUCCCUCAGUUCUGGUGGACUCUGUCCGCACGUGAUGCUAUGUCCAUGCAUGACAGGAGGGCAUGACAGAAUGGAGCAUCACCUCAGCGCAAAAGUGCAGGGCUUGCAAUAGUGCAGCACAGCACCAUGGGAUUAGAAAAUGGACACCACAAUCUCUGUGCCCUGCGAUAUCCGCAAAUCUCCAGUUGCUGCCUGUGCUGGAAUAUGUGACUUCUGAUGCUGCUAAACACAGAUGGACCCUACCGUGCUGCUGUCUGGGUUCAAAAGUUUCUGGGCCAGAACCAGAGCUGGGGUUAAUCAGCACAUCUCUACCGAUCCUGGUGGAGGUGGAUUGAUUUAAACAAGUGGAUGAUCCAGCUCUCUGGAUUUUACAUUUGAGGCAGAGGGCCAAACUAGUUUCAGUUAUUCUCUGUGUUUUGAUUGACCUAAUUAUGUUUCUAUGGAUUUAAUGGCAUUUAAUCAAGGAUGCUUAAUAUUUAGAGCAGACUAGGACUCCUGGGGCAUUUAUAGAUGUGCUCUGAGAGGCAGGUGGGUGCUAAUUAAAAGCUACCGAGCGUCACAUGUAUCAGCGUCCCCAUGCUGAAAAGUGGCAGCGGGGUGCUUUGAACUAAAGCUCAUCAAACAAGUCAUGCUGGAGGCUGCUGAAGCACAUUCAUUUCCAUGCUCCAGCAGACUCGAUUAAUCGAGUCUGCUCCAAUGUGCUGGAUUUACAGCACAUCAGAGCAGCCUUGCUGCAUGUCUAUAGAAGCCCCUGAAUACUCCUUCAAGCUCUGUCACUGAUUCCCUGUGGGCACAUCUAUGUCUGCCAUUAAUGUGCAACAAUAAACUCUGGAGCUUAUUGCUUUGGAGUUCCUUGCUCCUAGGAAGCUCCUGGAUGCACUGUUUACAUGUGCCCCUGGACCACGGCACACUGAACUGGGUCCGAGCAGUCUUAACUGGCAGGGGACCCAGGGGGUCAGUCUACGAGCCCAAGGCUGCUCCGACUGGGCUCACUAGGGUGCUUCAGCAUGGGGUGAGCCACUGAACAACUCUCAUGCCCUAGCCAGCUGGGUCAGCGUCUACACGUGUGCUGCUGCGCAUGAAAAAACUCUGCAGCUGAGUAGGACUUGUAUUUACAAGUAUGACCUGAUGUGGAGUUUAUUAAUUUCCUUCACCCUAAUAGGGGUGCAUGUGUAGAUGCUGAGACAUUUACUGUGGAGGUAAUCAGUCAGCUCCUCAGUAAAUGUCUCAUGUAGACAUGCCCAGUAUGACUUUGACUAAAUUGCUUCCCUCACCGUACCUCAGUUUGUAAAAUGGGAAUGAUGAUUACAGCACAGGGCAGGGGGAUGAAAAUGGGGAUCAAUGCAUUAGUGGUUGUGAAGCGCUUUGGGAUGAAACAUGCUGUGGUUCUAGGAUAGCGAUGAACAGCAGACAUGCUUCAGAACCACUACUGCAGACCCAGGUGCUCCCGAACUGAUGCAGAUUGCUACUGAAACCUUGCAGCCUGAAUUGGUCACUGCUAAAAAAAAAAGCAUUUGUUUUGGCAGACCAGCAGUCCAAAGAGUUAAUGGGGAGUGUUUGUAGCAAGUCUCUGUCACCAAGGAGAAGGGAACAGCACUUAGGGAAGGAAACAAAACACUAGGCUCUCCAGGAGGGGUGAUUUCCCUUUUGAAUCAUACCCGGCUCCAGCAACCACGCCUGGGGAGUGGGGAAAGAGAGGGCUGCUGAAACCUCCCUGGGGCUGGGGGUGAGGAAGCAGUGGCAGCUCUUGGUAGAGUGAAAGAAGUCCCCAGCUCCUUGUUAAAGCAAGAGGCAGGGUGUUGUGCGGGGGGGAGCUCAGCUCCCAGGAAAGGAGUGCGUGUCCUGGAGCAAAGUGGACCCACUGCAGGCAGGACCUAGGGGUCUGGGGCAGGAAGUACCCUGUGUCCGGAGUAAGGACAGCACCAUCUAUCAGAGGAAACAAGACACCCUCAGGGAUCUGGGCUCAGAGGAGCAGAGUGGCUGGCUGCAUGUGGGAUGGAUGGAGGAACUUUCUCUGCCUAGAGGAAUUUGCUUAGUGGCUGUGAUUGCAAUGAGUAAGAGACUGAGAGAAGCUUUGCUGCUGCUGUCGCCUGUGAUCCUGUAAGAACAGGAACAAGGAAAAAUAUUGCAGCUGUCUGAACAUGAUUCUGGAGUGUCCUUUUCAUGUUGGGAGAGCGAUGGAGAUGGAGGGAGCAGGGGUAGGCUUAUGAAAAGCAGCUCUGGAGACAGCAAGGUGGAAGUUAACCAUAUUUAGGUAAGUCAGGAAUCAUAUCAAAGGUCUGGCUAUUAAAUGUGGCACAGAGAAAUCUCCAGUGCCCUUUCUCUGUGUCUCCCUCUAGCCCCCUCUCAUGGCAAGAUGUCUGGGAUCCAGGGGGCCACAGUCCGCAGCAUUCGCCCUUACAAAUCCAGUGAGCAGUAUCUCUAUGCCAUGAAGGAGGACCUGGCUGAGUGGCUCAAGGAACUCUACAGCUUGGACAUUGAUGUUGGCUCCUUCCUGGAGGUGCUGGAGACCGGUACUGUGCUGUGCUUUCAUGCCAACAAUGUCACCCAGGUGGCCAGGGAGUUCUACCAGGAGUACCCAGGCCUGGCUCACAAGCUCCAGCUGCCCAGAUCUGAGGUUACCUGCAAUGAGUCUGCCCAGCCAGGCACGUUCCAGGCCAGGGACAAUGUGUCCAACUUCAUCCAAUGGUGCAGGAAGGAGAUGGAUAUUAAAGAGGUCCUGAUGUUUGAGACUGAGGACCUGGUGCUGAGGAAGAAUGAGAAGAAUUUUGUGCUGUGCCUGCUAGAGGUGGCCCGUCGGGCUUCUCGCUUUGGAAUGAGCGCUCCCACCUUGAUCCAGAUGGAGGAAGAGAUUGAGGAGGAGAUCCGUGAGGAGAUGGACCUGCCCCCAGAGGACACUCCACUUCCCAAACCCCAGAGGAAACCCUGUGACUUCAAGAACCUGGACCAGAUGGUCCAGCACCUUGUGAGCCGAUGUACCUGCCCAGUCCAAUUCUCUAUGAUCAAGGUGUCAGAAGGGAAGUAUCGAGUGGGAGAUUCAAACACCCUCAUUUUUGUCAGACAGGAAUCAGAUAACGUUGGUGAUGGCCUCAAGGCUGAUGGUCCUCCACUGCUUGCUGUUCAUCAGAAUAUCCUACGGAAUCAUGUGAUGGUGCGGGUUGGAGGGGGCUGGGACACACUCGAACAUUACUUGGAUAAGCAUGAUCCUUGUCGAUGCACCUCUUUGUCUCACAAGCAGGCUUUAAAGAUGGCAAAUCCUCAGAGGCUACAGGCAAUGCAAGUGCAGCAUGAGAUCAAGGUCUGUCUGGCAUCCAAGACUGAUAACUCAGACAAGCCUCAGCCAACCCUGAUUGUCAGCAGAUCCCAAAGCCCGUUACCCCCAGUGGAGUGGAGGACUUACACAUCACGCAGCCUUGGCACCAGCAAGAAGCUUUGUUCAUCCUCAUCGCCAGAUAGUGCCAGCAAGAAGACUUCGGGACUCGGGACCCCUCGGGAGCAAUCAGAAGCCAGGAGAGCCCCCUCUGCCAGGACAAGGGAGCGGUCUGCUACACCUUCCCGGAAGCAGCUGCUUGCUGAGGAAAGGCCUCCUUCCCGACAGAGCUCUUCUACUCAGUGUGGCAGGGGUACACUUCAUGUUUCCAUGCCCUCCCAGACAUCCCAGCCAACCGGACAUGAGCAGGACAGUCCUGGUGUCUCAGAAACUAUUGCAGAGCCACAGAGAGGAAGACUGUCUGGAAGAACUCCUGGGGUGCAUCAAAAAGAACGAGAGAGCCUGGCACCAGCCCGAUAUACAGAAUCCAAGACCCCGAAGACAGUACUCAAGGACAGCUCAGUUCAGUCUUCAAAAAGUGCCCUGCAUGGAGGGAAGAAUAUUCCACAGGGUCACAAGUCUCAGGAACAAGGUGUCAAGAACUUUCCUGGCACAGUCCGUUCUUCCAGCCCAGUCAAGGCCCUUCAUCCCUUCCCACAACACGAUACCAAGAAAGCUACACAGAGUCAUAAAGGACAGCUGGAAGGAAGUGCUACACAUGGUCAAAGGGACCCUGGAGCUGUGAGGUCAUCUUCUCCCAUUAAACACACGGGCUAUGUGCAAAAAAUGGAGGCUGGGACAAAGAUCCCAGUGAAAGCUGGCUCUCCCUUCAAUAGGACCCCUACACCUAAUAAAAGCUACCAGGGGGAGCCCCAUCUCAGCAAUGAGUGCAAAGCCCCAGCCAGUGUCACAGCAAAAGCUCCUGCUCCCUACAAGUGCAGGGCAGUGUUCAAAGCUGAGGAUAGCUGCCAGGGCCACAGGCAAUGCUGUAGGGUAGUUAAACCAGAGAUGUCAUCUACUAGCCUUUCCACUAGCCCAGGGGACAGAGCCAGUCAAUCAGACACAGAGGGGAAAGACAAGCCUCCAUGUGCCAAAUCAAUGCAAGAGGAAGUGGCAGGAAACACUAAAAACAGUAGUGGAAGUGAGGGCGUUUCAGUGGGCCACCCAGGGGAGAGGGAGCGCGUGUAUACACCUCUGCCCAUCGAUUUGGCCCAGGAGCAGGCACUCUACAGGAGCUUAGAGGAUGAGAUCUUAGCCAACAUAAAGGAGCUAGAGGCCAUUCCUGCUGAAAACCACCAUCCAGAGAGGAGCCGGUUAGAUAAGGCUCCACCAGACUGCAGCUUAGCAAGUAACACUGCUGCCUGCAACCUCAGAGGGUGGAAGUCUGCCACACCUUUUCUCUGUCCCCUUGCCAGCUCUAGGCACGCGUUUUCCUGUGGUGGGGGUGUGCCUCGUAGUGGUGUCUACGUGCCAAGCAGAGAGGCAAACUGGCACCCUGCUGCGUUGCACUAUGAUGAUGUGAUUGAUGAACUGUCCAAGGGCCACAAGACACUUCACCAAAUGGAUGUGGAGAAUGGGAUUGCUACAAGGCCACUAAAGCAGGCUGGGGAAGAUUCUCCUCAGGCAACCUCACUCCUGAUGGAUGAAAACCAAGAAAAAAAGCUUCAAGGGUCUGAAGGGACUUGCCUUAAGAAAGAUGCAUCCAGUGAAAUCAGAGACAAUGGGUCAAGGGAACAGCCAACAAGACAUUCAGCAUCUGCAGAUGUCCACAGAAACGGUACAGCCCCACAGGCAACAUCCAAUGAAAGCCCUACAGGUGGCCCUGAAAAGUCCAAACUGCCUCAAGUGAAGCCCAAGAGGGCACUGAAAAAGCCUGAACGAGUGCCAUCCAUCUACAAGCUAAAGCUGAGGCCCAAAAUCCGCCCCCGCAGGGACAACAGACCUGAGAAGCGGCCAUCCAAAAUCCCCACUCCGGUGGCACAUCGACAGGCACAGAAGGCAGGCAGAGCUAAAGACCAGAAGGCUCACAGCUCAAAACACCAGAGUCGGACGAGUCAGAGAAGCCUGGCUGGCACCCAGAAAGAAAGUACAGAAAAUGCUGGGUCUGAGGAGGAAGCUUGGCUUUCAGAACAGAGUGGCUCCCCCCAGGCUGGGAACUCGGAGAUAAAGUCAUCCCUGAGUGAAGGCAAAAUGUGGCUCACGGAGGAAGAUGAAGAAGCCUGGGUCUAGUAUCUUUAUAAUAUGCUUUUGGGGGUCAAUUUUAGCCCCCAGCUGUCAGGAGAAAAAAUAUAGCAUUCAAAACCCUCCUGUGGGCCAAAUUUCUUCUUUCUCUUACUCCCACACAGCUCCUUGGGAGGCAAUCACUUGGGAGAUGGAAGGAGAAACAAAUAACAAUGGGGUUGAAGCUGUCAGUGAACUGAAGUCCACCCAUGUUUUCAACCAAGGGACCUCAGAAAAGUGGCCUUUUCACUUGGUGUAUAAUAAUAUGGUCUGGUGUUUAUUUUGAGAUGAGAGAGAAUCCAAAGCCAGGUACAAUUCUAGUUUGAAUGUGCACCAGCAACUGGAGGCAGAACAUUGAAGACUAAAAUUUUGAAGCCUUUUUCAGAAGACUUUGUACCAAAUCUGUAACUAAGAAUUGAACCUUGAACCAAGUGUGAGGACUCGUAUCCUGAGAAAAGAUGUAUGAUUGUUACAUCAUGGAAGCCAUAUUUUGGAGGAAAUCUAUCACCAUGUGUAAACAAGUUUAGUGCAAGAGUAUUAUCAGUGGGGACAGAUGCAAAUGAAAUGUACAGUCGUUGUCCCUUCUGUCCUUGUGCGAUACACCUAGCCCAUUUCAGUAUUUUUAGUUGAACAGACAUUUCCCUGUCAGGUAAAUUAGUGUGUUUGUAGCUGUACCUGUGUAAUUAGGAGGAAAAUUGAGCCUUGAUAUUGCAUAUACAGAGAAUCAGGCACUUUAGACCCUGUAGAAAAGAUAGAGGAAACUAGAAAAGGGCUUUAAAAGUGAAGACUCUUGAGUUCCUAAAAUUAUGCUUCUUUCUGUUCUAGAUUCUCCAUCUGUCAAAUGAGACUAAUAAUACUGACCUCUCAGGGCAUUGAAAGGCCUAAUAAAUGUUUGUUAAGCACUUUAAGAUCCUCAGAGCAACUGCAGAAAAGAAAGACAAAGCAUUAUUUUUAUUAUUAUUGUCCUGGAGCCAGAGCUGAAGCGCUCAUGGAUACCAAUGAAAAUUUGUGUUGUAUAUUUGAGGAAUAUAUGGUCUUGCUUUGCAAUAGUCCCCAUGAGUUUGGAACAACCUGAUUUUUGAAGCAAUGGGCUAUAUCUCACCCUCAUUAUGUUGACAUGUAUUUUAUUGAAUUCAAAAGUUGUUCUCUGCAAACUUCAAGAGUUAAAAGUACCUGUGUAAACUCUGACAGCGUUCCUGUUCAGGCCAUUUUACAAAGUAUAGGCUCAAAUGCAAGUGUUCCUUAAGCUUAUCAUUAUUGCAAUUAAACCAAGAGCCAUAGAUGAAUUUGAAGUAGGAAGCUACUUGAAAUGACAAGAACUGAAACAUCAUGGGUUCAGUUGGCCAGCAGGUACCAUGGCCAAAGAUGCCCUGUGAUAUCAAGAAGGAGCAGUCUAGGAACCAGACCUAGGAUCCUUUCAGUUCUUGGCUGUCGAGUUUGACACUGGUGAAUGUUCUGUGUGAAUUACUUGUGGAUUGUCUUUAUAACUAUAAAGCUUGGAAAUUUG